UAUCUCGCGCAAGCGCAGCGGCACAACAUCAGAUCCAGAAAAACUCGCACCAUGGAGUUCCACUUCCGCGCUGGCGACGAGCGUUAUCCGCCGAUGGAGGUCGCGGCUAUGUCGGCCAACUCCGAGACUGCAGCCACGCGCGUGCAUGUCGGACUCAUCGGCGGCGACGACGCUGGGUACCACGGGGAGAUCUCACCACCACUGGUGUUAGAUCUGGAUGAGCUGCAACGCCGGGCGACAAAGGAGAGGAUAAGGGAACGGAUCCUGCGAGAGGAGGCGGAGGCCAUGGCGCUCGAGGCCGAGGUCCGCCGUGAGCUCAUGGAGGAGCGUGCCAGUUUGCUCACGGGGCUGGCCGGCGGGUCGGAACAUAGGGCGGUGCCCACGGUGGCAUCGGUGAAGACGGUGGUGCCGUACUUUCAUGAGGCCGGGUCGAAAGUAGAAGUCUCUGCUGUUGUGCCAGGCAAGCAGAAAAACCCUGAUGUACAUGAUACAUCUGCUGUUUUGGCGGCCACGGGAAGCAAGAAGCCGAAGCCAGGUCUAACUUGCACAGUGUGCGACAUCGCGGCAACCAGUGAGGUUGCCCUGCAAGAGCACCUCAGAGGGAAGAGCCACGGGAGGAAGGCCGCUAAACUUGCGCAACCAUUGCCUGGAACAGGUCAACCAGUGGAGGAUGCGUUCAGCUUGAAGGUAAAAGGGUCGGCAGCCUUACCGGCCAAGGGGACAAACCCUGGUGUUGUUGACGCUUCGAUGGCUCUCGCUGAAAAGAGUGGUGACAACUUGGGCUUGAACUGCAUGGUCUGCGGCAUCACAGCAAGCAGUCAGAAGAACAUGCAAGAUCACCUCAAAGGGAAAAUUCAUAUGAGGAAGACUGCCAUGCUCGCGCAACCAUAUCCUAAGGAGGAUGGGGUCUGCUCAAAAUCAAAUGCAUCAGCAGCCAUGCUACCGGCCAAGCGGAAGAACUCCGACGUUGUCCCAGCCGCAUCCACCCUUUCAGCUGGGCCAAGCAGCAAGAAUCAGAAGCAAGAUCACCGCAAAGGGAAGGCUCACAUGAAGAUGGCGGCCUCGCUUGCGCCUGGAGAAGCGGAGGAAGAGGCAGAGGUGGAAGGCGGCUACACGCCAUGGAAGUUCGAGAUGGUGACCGAAUCCGGGACACUGUGCGAGGUGGUGCAGCUGAACGGCUCCAUCCUCUGCGAGGUGUGUGACCAGCAGGCCCCGGACCGCGUCACCAUGAUGUGCCACCUCCAGGGGAGCAAGCACAUCUCCAAGCAAGCCAAGCAGAAGCAGUGCGAAGCCGUGGAACCACCGGCUGCCGUCGCUGCUGAUGGCGAUGGGCCAGGAUCAGAAAUGGUGCCCAUGGAGGCCAAUGGCGUGGGCCGGGUGGACGGUGGCUCCCUGCUGUGCAAGCUCUGCAACGUGAAGGUGGCGUCGGAGUGCGACAUGGAGUCUCACUUGUCCGGCAGGAAGCACACCAACAAGGCGAAGGUGGCUGCAGUUGGUGUCGGUGCAUGUGGCAACGAGUCAGGAUCAGAAACUGUGCCCAUGGAGGCCAAUGGCGUGCGCCGACUGGAGGGCGGCAUCCUGCUGUGCGAGCUCUGCGACGUGAAGGCCCCGUCGGAGUGCGUCAUGCGGACUCACCUGUCGGGCCGGAAGCACACCAACAAACUCAAGGCCGCCGCUGACGCCGGUGCAGGACAGGAGGUGAAGAAGGCCGCCAUGGUCGGCAGCUCAUCCAAGGAAGCCACCUCCAUCGUCGUCAACAGCAGCGAUGACUCAGUGAAGAAACCAGCAGCGGGAGAGAUUGAGGUGGUAGUAUCAUCGGCAACGCCUCAAGUGGACGUCGCCGCCCCGGUCUGCGCCCGUGUCUCCUUCGUGGCGCCCAUGGAAGUAGACGAAGGUGCUGCCAAAGCUGAAGAACAAGAGAAAGCUGAUGCCGAGGAAGAGGGAGCCGUGGAGAUCGACGGAGGCGCCGCCGUGACCGGCGAGGAGUAUUACAUCAAGGCGGAGGGCAAGCUGUUCGUCACGCUGCGCCAGGCGGACGACAGCCUCUCGUGCGGCCUGUGUGGCGUGCACGGCUGUGACAAGCGCGGCAUGAUCAAUCACAUCUACACCAGGGACCACUGGCGCAGAGCCCGUCUCGCCGAGGAGAAGGGGCGGGCGGUGACCAACAACGGCGCCGGCGCCAGCCCCGGCAUCCCGGUCACCGGCGGAGCGGCUCAGGUCGACAACUGACGGCAGCCGUGCGUGAAUUUGGGACGGCGAUGUGUGCUGAAGUUUGCUUUGAUAUACCUUUAUGUGUGUAUGGACCUGUUGAGACUCCAGUACAACUGUUGAACCCUCGUGUGGGUUAAGUCUCAAGUGUGAGUGAACUUGGAACCAUCUGAGCAUUUUCUGCCAGUACAACUUGUUUUAGACUUCA